ACAACAAAAGAAAAAAAAAACGCAAAACGUUCAACGUAAGAUCUGCAAAGAAAAUGUUUCUCUCUCUACCCCCUCUCUCUCUAAAACUUCUAUUCUAGUACCAUUUUAGUUCCUCUACUCGAUCAUUGUAGAAAAACCACCAUCAGCCACAUUGAGCAAGCGAGAGUAUCACAUAUACAUCCAAUCAGGUAGAGGGGAUGGCUUUCAUGGCGGUUUUGGAAUCAGAUCUACGCGCUCUCUCCGCCGAAGCUCGCCGGAGACACCCUGCCGUCAAAGAUGGCGCGGAACACGCUAUCCUGAAGCUCCGGUCAUUGUCGACCCCUAAUGAAAUUGCGCAUAACGAGGACAUACUACGGAUCUUUUUGAUGGCUUGUGAGGUUAAAACUGUGAAGCUCAGCGUUAUUGGACUUUCUUGCCUGCAGAAGCUCAUAUCUCAUGAUGCUGUGGCUCCUUCAGCUUUGAAGGAGAUACUUGCGACGCUGAAGGAUCAUGCUGAUAUGGCUGAUGAGAGUGUUCAACUCAAGACCUUGCAGACGAUAUUGAUAAUAUUUCAGUCACGUUUACAACCUGAAAAUGAGGGAAAUAUGGCUCAGGCUCUUGGUAUUUGUCUCCGGCUUCUUGAAAACAACAGAUCGUCUGACAGUGUGAGAAAUACUGCUGCAGCGACCUUUAGACAAGCUGUAGCAUUGAUUUUCGAUCAUGUGGUUAGUGCUGAGUCUCUUCCUGCUGGCAAGCUUGGUUCUGGAGGAUACAUUUCUCGAAGUAGUUCAGUUACUAGUGAUAUCAAUCGCAGUAUUAAUCGUGCAGAGUCACUGGAGCAUGAUUUUAUAUCUGGAGGGCCAUCGUUGAUGAGGGAGACCCUAACUAAAGCUGGAAAGCUUGGGCUUCGAUUGCUCGAAGACCUGACAGCUCUAGCUGCAGGUGGAUCUGCAAUUUGGUUACGGGUCAGUAAUAUUCAGCGGACAUUCGCACUUGAUAUACUUGAGUUUAUACUGUCGAAUUAUGUGGUUGUCUUCAGAACCUUGGUUUCAUACGAACAGGUCUUGCGCCACCAGAUAUGUUCACUUCUCAUGACUUCACUACGUACCAAUGCCGAGCUUGAAGGAGAAGCAGGGGAACCUUAUUUCCGGCGCUUGGUCUUGCGAUCAGUAGCGCACAUAAUAAGGCUUUACAGUUCAUCUCUUAUUACUGAAUGUGAGGUUUUUCUCAGCAUGUUGGUGAAGGUUAUUUCUCUUGAUUUGCCUUUAUGGCAUCGCAUUCUUGUUCUUGAAGUCCUGCGGGGUUUUUGUGUGGAGGCACGGACUAUGCGGAUUCUUUUCCAAAACUUUGACAUGAAUCCCAAGAACACGAAUGUUGUGGAUGGUAUGGUAAAAGCUCUUGCCCGGGUUGUUUCAAGUGUACAGGUUCAGGACACCAGUGAAGAAAGUCUGGCAGCUGUUGCUGGAAUGUUCAGUAGCAAAGCUAAAGGGAUUGAAUGGAUCUUAGACAAUGAUGCGUCCAAUACUGCUGUUUUGGUUGCUAGCGAAGCCCAUGCAAUAACAUUGGCCAUUGAAGGUUUGCUAGGUGUUGUCUUUACAGUGGCUACUUUGACAGAUGAGGCAGUGGAUGUUGGUGAGCUUGAAUCCCCAAGAUGUGACUCUGACCCACCAGCAAAAUGUACUGGGGAAACUGCAGUUCUCUGCAUGUCUAUGGUUGAUUCAAUGUGGUUGACCAUACUUGAUGCAUUGUCCCUAAUUCUGUCUAAGUCCCAAGGGGAGGCUAUUGUAUUGGAGAUAUUGAAGGGCUAUCAGGCUUUUACUCAGGCUUGUGGGGUUCUUCGUGCUGUAGAACCAUUGAACUCGUUUUUGGCUUCCCUGUGCAAAUUUACAAUCAAUAUUCCCUCCGACCCUGACAAGAGGAGUUCUUCACAAUCUCCUGGUUUAAAACGUUCUGAACAUUUGGUAGAUCAAAGGGAUGGCGUUGUCCUUACUCCGAAGAAUGUGCAGGCCUUAAGGACUCUCUUCAAUGUAGCUCACAGACUACACAACGUUUUGGGCCCCUCUUGGGUUUUGGUUUUGGAGACUCUAGCAGCUUUAGACCGAGCAAUCCAUUCUCCUCAUGCAACUACUCAGGAGAUCUCAACCGCUGUUCCAAAGUUUACAAGAGAGUCAUCUGGUCAAUACAGUGACUUCAGUAUACUCUCUUCCUUGAAUUCUCAGCUGUUUGAGAGUUCAGCAUUGAUGCAGAUAUCUGCAGUUAAAUCACUUCUUUCAGCACUAUGUCAAUUGUCACAUCAAUGCGUAACUGAAGAUGUGAGUGGUGUUGGACAAGCAUCAAGUCAAAAAAUUGGAAGCAUCAGUUUUUCAGUGGAGAGAAUUAUAUCCAUCCUAGUAAAUAAUCUUCACAGAGUGGAGCCUCUAUGGGAUCAAGUUGUUGGGCAUUUCCUCGAGCUUGCUGAUAAUUCUAAUCAGCACUUAAGAAACAAGGCUUUUGAUGCAUUGGACCAAUCAAUUUGUGCCGUUUUGGGGUCAGAUCAGUUUCAGGAAAAUGCAGCAUUCAGACUACAUGUCGAAUCAUGUGAUAUGGAAGAUUUGCAUACAGAAUUGAGAUCACUCGAGUGUGCUGUUGUGUCACCACUAAGAGUACUCUACUUUUCAACGCGAAGCAACGAUGUUCGUGCUGGAGCUCUAAAGAUUCUUCUGCAUGUUUUAGAGAUGCAUGGAGAAAGGUUGCAUUACAGCUGGCCAAGUAUUCUGGAAAUGUUGAGGUCUGUAGCGGAUGAGUCAGAAAAGGAUCUUGUCACACUGGGAUUUCAGAGUCUACGCGUCAUUAUGAAUGAUGGGCUCUCGUCUAUUCCUGCAGACUGCCUUCAUGUAUGCAUAGAUGUUACUGGAGCAUACAGUGCUCAAAAUACAGAAUUGAAUAUUAGCUUAACUGCCGUAGGCCUUUUAUGGACUACAACUGAUUUUAUUGCAAAGGGGCUUCUUUAUGGGCUCAAAGAGGAAAACGGGACAGGUUCAGGAAUUCUGGAUGUGCAAUCCACUUCGAAGCAAAUGGAGGAUGUAAACAGGGAAGAAGAAGCUGCCAAUUCUAUGAAUGGAUUCAGCGACCAAGCCCCCUUGAUAAAUGUAGUUGAUCGUGACAAGUUGCUGUUCUCUGUUUUCUCAUUGCUUCAAAAGCUAGGAGCUGAUGAGAGGCCUGAGGUCAGAAAUUCUGCUGUCAGGACACUUUUUCAAACACUUGGAAGUCAUGGGCACAAACUUUCCAAGAGUAUGUGGGAAGAUUGUCUCUGGAACUAUGUCUUCCCAACAUUAGAACGUGCUUCACACAUGGCUGCAACCUCAUCAAAAGAUGAAUGGCAAGGGAAAGAGCUUGGAACGCGAGGUGGAAAAGCAGUUCACAUGCUCAUCCAUCAUAGCCGUAACACUGCUCAGAAACAGUGGGAUGAGACACUUGUGUUGGUAAUGGGUGGAAUAGCACGACUUCUACGAUCUUUCUUUCCUUUUCUCAGAAGUUUGAGAAACUUUUGGUCCGGAUGGGAAUCACUACUGCUUUCUGUUAAGAGUAGCAUUUUACAUGGUAGUAAAGAGGUUUCUCUUGCAGCAAUAAAUUGCUUGCAGUCCACUGUCAUUUCUCAUUCUCCUAAGGGAAACUUGCCAAUGGAUUACCUCAAAUCAGUUCUUGAAGUUUAUGAGCUUGUUCUUCAGAGUUCAAAGAAUUAUGGUGGUAAUGCAGCUAGCAAGGUGAAACAAGAGAUUUUACAUGGUCUUGGAGAACUAUAUGUGCAAGCACAAGGGAUGUUUGACAAUGGCAUGUACACCCGGUUACUAGUAGUCGUGCAUACGGCAUUUAAACAGGACAGUACUACCAAUAACAACUUUGAAGCAGAAUUUGGCCAUGUUCCACCUUUGCAGCGUACAGUACUCGAAAUCUUACCUCUGUUACAUCCAGCCGAGCAUCUUUCUUCAAUGUGGUCCCUCUUUCUAGGGGAAAUUUUGCAAUAUCUUCCGAUAUCUGAUUCAUCUCUGCAGAGUGCAGAGGACAAGCCAGAGAAAACCAGCACUGGGCACCAUGUUCAUGGCAGUAAUAAGAUGAUAAAGCAUCAGAUGCCUGAUUCUAGUUCCGCUAACACGGAAGACCCAUCUCUUAGCGCUGGAUCAAACACUUGUGGUACAAUGGCGAGCAUCCCAGGUUAUCUGCUUGCUGAGAAGCUCGUUCCUGUCCUUGUGGAUCUUUUCCUACAGGCUCCAGCGUUAGAGAAAUGCACUAUUUUCCCUGAAAUUGUUCGAGGUCUUGCAAGGUGCAUGACAACAAGAAGAGACAGCCCUGAAGGCUCACUUUGGAGAUUAGCUGUUGAAGGUUUCAACCGCGUUCUUGUAGAUGAUACCAGCAAAUUAACAGCAACUCGUGGGUCCGAUCAAAUUAUUGGUAAACCUUCAAGAAUACGCUUAUGGAAAGAAGUUGCGGAUGUUUAUGAAAUAUUCCUACUAGGCUAUUGCGGACGUGCCCUCCCUCCCAAUUCUCUAUCCACUUCAACUCUUGCGGCUGAUGAGUCUCUCGAGAUGAAUGUUUUAGACAUAUUGGGUGACAAGAUUCUUAAGUCGCAGAUCGAUGCACCGCCUGAUAUUUUGCAACGACUAGUUUCCACCCUGGAUCGUUGUGCAUCAAGAACAUGCUCUCUGCCUGUUGAAACUGUGGAGCUCAUGCCCUCCCACUGUAGCAGAUUCUCUUUGGCUUGCUUACAAAAGUUAUUUCUCUUGAGCAGUUGCCACGACGAAAUCUGUGGCUGGAAUCUGGCUCGAUCUGAAGUGAGCAAAAUUUCAAUUAUGAUACUCUUGACGAGAUGCGAUUACAUCUUGAAAAAAUUUCUGAUCGACGAGAAUGACUUAGGUGACCGUCGAUUUCCUGCAGCAAGACUUGACGAAGUAAUAUUUGUCCUUGAAGGGCUGGCUCAUCUGGUAGUACAUUCUGAUACUGUGUCUGUUCUUCCUUUACAUCCAUACUUGAAAGGAGGCCUUGCCAAGGAGAAUGGUGACAAGCGUCCACACCUAUUCAUUCUGUUCCAGUCUUUUUGUGAGCUUGUUAUAUCCAGGGAACAUAAAGUAAGAGAGCUAGUGCAGGUAUUGUUAAAAUUCAUCAGUACGGAAUUGGCGCUGGAGAAAAUAAAUCUAGCUAGUUGAAUCAUUGAAGAAAAUGCUCUCUGUUGAGUUAUUCAAUUAUGUUUGUCCAUGUGAGGCUCACCGGAGGAAUUUUUUUCUUUUCCUCCAAUUUUCAUCGUUUCAUAUUAUUGUUGUCUGUACAUUACGGAAAUCUAGUUUGAUAGAUAUAUGAGAAUUUGUCUCAGGGCAAGUAUUUAGUGGCCUUGUAUAAUGAAGUAGUUUUGUGACUCAAAGUUUCAUUAGUUCAAAAUGUGAACAAUCAUCUUUUGGUUCGUCAGGGAAGAUGUGUUCUGUAUUUGUUGAUAGUGUAUAAUGGAAUCCUUAUUAACUUGGUUACUAAUGGAUUACAUCACCAACAUUUUGAGUUA